AUGUCGUCAGCAUUUGUGUUUGUGCUGCGUGGUUGUUCACUGCUGCUUUUCCGUUCCAGGCAGUUACUGAAAGACCCCCAGGUGUUAUUUGCAGGGUACAAGGUCCCGCACCCGCUGGAACACAAAAUUAUCAUCCGCGUCCAAACCACCCCCGAUUACAGCCCCCAGGAGGCUUUCACCAACGCCAUCACAGAUCUGAUCAGCGAGCUCUCCCUCCUGGAGGAGAGGUUCAGGGUUGCCAUCAAAGACAAACAAGAAGGAAUUGAGUGAGAUCACCCCGUUCAGAGCGGACUGUACUUCUGCUGCAGAAUGAUGUGCCUGUUAGUUGAACGCUAUAUUUAAACCUCCGUUCACGGCAAAUAUUUUCCUCCUUGUCCCACUUACGUUUGGUUUUUGACAGCAGCAGUGAUCUUUUGAGGGUUGUGGGGUUUUUUUUUUGUACCAGACAGGCAGCUUGCCAGGAGGGCGUAUGUCUUGUUUGAUUUGAUAGAUAAGUCCUUAAAAUGAUUUCUACUUUUCUAAUUGGAGCCUCGAGGCAAAUAUUUGUACUGGGCUGUUGGCGAGUUUAUUGUGAGUGUACUUCCAGACUGAGAAGCCGCUGAGUGAUAGCGGUAGGUGAACUCUCUGCUUUUCCUUUUCAAGAAGUCUAGGCACUGCCAACUGAACUGGUAUUUUGUUUUAUUACGUGUCAUUUCUAUAAAACAAAUGCACAAAUUGUGAAAAGUUACAGUAAAAGAAACCGGAUGUUUACAAU